GAGAGAUUGUAGUGGAGCUGCUCCCUGAUGAUGCUGAGGACCUUGAAGAACACCUACGAAGUCAGUGUGUUCACUGGCAGCAUGUGGGGUGCUGGAACAGACGCCAACGUUUACGUCAAUAUUUACGGGGAGAACGGAGACACGGGGGAACGCUUCCUGAGGAAGUCCAACUACCUGAACAAGUUUGAGAGUGGACAGGAGGAUGUAUUCUCCAUCACAGCUGUGGACCUGGGUCCACUGAAGAAGCUAAGAAUUCGUCAUGAUGACACAGGUCCUAACUCAGGCUGGUACUUGGAUAGGGUGGAGAUUGUGGACACCAAAGAUGAAACCACGUACUAUUUCCCCUGCAACCGCUGGCUGGCCAUCGAUGAGGAUGAUGGACAAAUAGCAAGAGAGUUGGUGCCAGUGGAUGAGGCUUUCAUGAGGAAGAGUGAGGAUGACGAAGAGGGAGGUGAAGCUAAGCUCGGACUGGAGCAGAAAGCUAUGUCAACAACAUAUACCAUGCGGGUCAAGACUGGAGACAAGAAGUAUGCAGGAACUGAUGCCAAUGUCUUUGCCAUAUUGUAUGGGGAGAAGGAUGACACUGGUAUAAUCAACUUGAAAGCAUGUAAACUCCACAAGAACAAAUUUGAGCAGGGCAUGAUUGAAGAGUUCACUGUGGAGGCUGUCGACCUUGGAGAGCUAAAGAAGGUGCGGAUUGGCCAUGACAAUUCAGGGGGGUCAUCUGGCUGGUUUCUGGACUGGGUGGAGAUCAACGCUCCCUCUCAAGGCCAGAGACUCCGUUUCCCAUGUGGCCGCUGGCUUGACCCAGGGGAGGAUGAUGGAGCCAUCGUGAGAGAUCUUUACUCUGCAGAUCUCCAGACAGAGUAUUAUGUCCCCUUUGUCCCAUAUGAGAUUAAAACUUUCACCAGUGAUGUUUUUGGGGCGGGUACCGAUGCUGACGUCUUCAUCGUGCUCUAUGGCAGCAAAGGUGUAUGUACAGAGCAGAAACAUCUUUGUGUCAAUGAGAGAGAGAGGCGCUUGUUCUUUGAAAGGGGAGCUGAGGAUAUGUUCAUUGUGGAGUUGGAAGAUGUGGGUGAUAUAAUUGAGAAGAUCCGCAUAGGACAUGACAACAGAGGAACGAACCCUGGCUGGCAUCUGGACAGAGUGGAGAUCAGACGACUACUGAGGAAGGGGAAGGGCUCAGAGACCAUCAUCUUUCCGUGUGAGCGUUGGUUGGCACGGUCCGAGGAGGAUGGUGAGACGGUGCUAGAGCUGGUGCCCUCUGACAUCAUCACAGAGAAGCUGCUGAGAGAUGGAACGCUGAAGGUCAACGAGACGGAGGUGGACGAUGCACUGGAGACCCACACAUACAAUGUGUCGGUCAGGACCGGUGACAUACACGGAGCUGGAACAGAUGCCAACGUCUUCCUCACCAUCUACGGGGACUUGGGUGACACCGGGGAACGCAAACUCCGCAAGUCUGAGAGCAACAGUAACAAGUUUGAGAGAGGAGCGGUGGACAAGUUCUCGAUUGAGGCAGUGGAUCUUGGCUUGGUGUUCAAGAUUAAGAUUCGCCAUGACAACUCUAUGCUGGGAGCGGACUGGUACCUGGAUCAGGUGGAGGUGGUGGACGUGGACACUGAUGAGGUCUACAUGUUCCUGUGUGAACGCUGGCUCUCUAAGAAGAAGGAGGAUAAACGCAUCGAAAGGACCUUUUACGUGAAGGGCUAUGAGGGAGAGAGGAACUCCAAGAACAGCUCUAAAACUACAAUGAAGAGUCUGGACAGCAACAUGAACAAGAAGAAGAAGAAGAAGAAAGCAGCGGCAGUAGAGGAGGGGCCAGUAAUCCCCUAUGACUUCACGGUGUCCACGGGACUGGACCGCGAUGCAAGCACCACCAGCCGCGUGUAUGUGAUCAUCAUAGGUCCUGGAGACCUGGAGACCGAAAGGCUAUGGCUAGACUUGCACGAGGAAAAGAAGUGCUUUGCCUCGGGUAGCAUGGAGCACUUUCAGUGCUGCGGCCUUGACGUGGGCCAAAUCAAACGUGUGGAGCUAGGACACAAUGGAGCGACACCCGAGAGCUGUUGGUUGGUGGAUGAGCUGUCUGUCGCCGUGCCAACCAAAGGGAUCAAAUAUAUCUUCCAGUGUAAGUGCUGGCUAGCCAAGGACCGAGGAGAUGGGCUUACAGCCAGAGUCUUCAACGUACUCGAUGCCACUACCAUCAGUAUUAUACGAAAGAUGGUUUAUGAGGUGACUGUUGUCACAGGAGACACACAGGAUGCUGGGACUGACACCAACAUCUACAUUAUUGUGUUUGGGGCUAAUGGGUGCACCGAGGAGCUCUUACUGCCUAAGAAUGAGGACAGGUUUGAAAGAGGUCAAGAGGAUACUUUCAACCUGGAGAUUGAUGACAUUGCCCCUCUGAAAAAGAUGAGGGUUCGUGUUGAUGGCACAGGGAGUCGUCCAGACUGGUUUCUUGAUCAGAUCAUCAUGCGUGACACUAUAACUGAGGAGGUGUCUGUCUUCACCUAUGAAAACUGGCUGUCUAAGACCAAAGGCCCAAAGAGGACGAGUGUGUGUGAGUUAGCAGCUGUGGUGGAUGAGGAGGAAAUGGUGGAGAAGACCACCUACAUCAUCACCGUCAAGACCAGUGAUGUCUCAGGCGCAGGGACAGACGCUAACGUAUUCCUGAUCAUUUUUGGAGAGAACGGGGACACUGGGACCCUGGCGCUGAAGGAAUGCAGCAACAGGAACAAGUUUGAGCGCAAACAGGUGGAUAUAUUCCGCUUCACGGACAUCUUUAGUUUGGGAGACUUGUCAAAAGUUCGCGUUUGGCACGACAACAAGGGGCCUGCUGCGGGCUGGCAUCUGGAGUAUAUUGAUGUGAAGGACGAGCUGAUGAACGAGACAUUCCGCUUUCCUUGUGACCGUUGGCUGGCCAAGAAUGAAGAGGAUGGGCAGAUCAUGCGGGAGAUGGCAUGUGCCAACAACGACAAUCUUGACCUCAAUGAGAAAACCAAAUAUGAAAUUGCCAUUACAACAGCCAGCACUGAUAAUGCUGAUACGAAGGAAAAUGUCUGGAUUGUGCUUGAAGGGAAAAAAAGCCGUUCCAAAGAGCUGAUGAUGGAAAACAAGAAAAAGAAAUUCCUGAGAGGUGCCACAGACACUUUCGAGUUCUCCUCCAAAAAUGUUGGUGAAAUUGUAGGCAUUUGCCUCGGCCACAUCACCAAGGAUGGCAAAAAGGUGAAAUCAGAGUCAUUCUGGCAUGUUUUGGAGGUGGUGAUCACUGAAAAAGAGCUUGGAAAUCAGUACACAUUUCACUGUGAUGCACAAAUCCCCCUCGCUGCCAAAAAGGAUGAUUUUAUGACCUUUGAAUGUACCAAGACCGUGGAGAGUUUUGCCAGUAAGGUGCGCAGCCUGGUGCCAGUGAAGUAUGAGAUUAUCAUCAUCACAGGUGACAUAAAGGGCGGGGGCACUGAUGCCAACGUCUUCAUCACUGUCUACGGCGUCAACGGGGACUCGGGCAAACGGGCCUUGAAGCAGAAGUUCCGGAACCUGUUUGAGCGGGGCCACACCGACCGGUUCACGCUGGAGAUGCUGGACCUUGGGGAGCUCCUGAGGGUGCGUGUGGAGCACGACAACACCGGCACCAAGCCGGGCUGGUACCUCGAGUGUGUGGAGAUCACAAACACUGCCAACUGGGUGACCACCAUUUUCAUGUGUGGGAAGUGGCUAGACACCACUAGAGCGGAUGGGCAGAUCCAAAGAGUGCUGUAUCCCAGGUACUGACACUGACAGAGGAUGACAUGGAAUGCAAUUGAACUGGACAGAGAGAGGCUUGGAUCUGUAUGUAAAGUAAAAAAGCUUUAAUUUGAUGGUUAAAUAUCUUAUUUUUACAUUUUUAUUUAAACUUGUUUGUUAUUUUUUUCAAACAUCUGAGCUUAAGUUUUUUCUUUUUUAAACCGGGUUUAAGAACUUUGAAGUCCCAGAUGUCUCAGGCAGCCAGUCUAGGGGAUGCUCAAACCAGAGUACCGGAACGCCAUUUCAUUG